AGCAAUGCUCAACACUGGCCGCAGCAACAGCAAAUGCAGAUUAGGCAGCAGGUGUAAACUUUCGUUUGGCUUAGCAAAAAAAAGAAAUAAUAUAAUAAUAACAUUUUUGAUUUGCAAUGCAUGUGAAUCUGUGUACACGCACACAACCGCACUUGCUUCAGCUUGCGUGUGUGUGUGCGUAGCUGUAGGCAUAAAAGCAGCGCUGCUUCAUGACGGUUGUCCAGUAAUCAAAUGGUAUCGGAGAACACAACAAGUAAAGUAAUACUUGAUUUUAGUAAGCAUUCAAAUAGCAGGCACUGUCAGCUGCCAACUAAAUUCAAGUAGAAAUAAAAUAAGUUAGACUGUCUCAGCUGCAGCUGGAGGACUAACUGAUAAGCCAAAGUGGACAGAAUGGACAGACGACUGGUGCCUUUGAUGCUUGCCGUUGCCAUCGUUUUGUGGCUACCCUUUGGCAGAGGCGACAGUAGCAGCUGCUCCGCAUCCGCACUGCAGGCAAGUCGUUUCUUUGAGCAGGAGAAUUCACAACUGCGUGAACGUUACCAUGCCGAGUACUCCGCCUCCUACACCUACAACACCAACGUGACGGAGGAGAAUCGUCUGGCCAUGAUUGCAGUGUAUGCUGCCAGUGCCAAGGCGAACAAGAUUCUGGCGCAGGCUGUCAAAGCGGGAGAUUACAUUCACUCGGAUGAGGCGAACAUACGCAGACAGGCUAGAUUGCUGCAGGAUUUGGGUUCAGAUGUGCUCGAAGACAGCGACUAUCUGGAGCUGAAGAAUGCCAUUAGUUCCAUGCAGUCCAACUAUGCCACCACCAGUGUCUGCUCCUAUACGAAUCGCACCGAUUGCUCCCUGACUCUGGAGCCGCACAUUCAGGAGCGUCUUUCAAAUAGCCGAGAUCCUGUCGAGCUCGCCUGGUACUGGCGUGAGUGGUACGACAAGGCUGGAACGCCGAUGCGACAGAACUUCAAUAAAUACGUGCGAUUAACACGCAAGGCGGCCCAUCUGAAUGGUUAUCGUUCGUAUGGCGAUUACUGGGUGCACUUCUAUGAAGAUGCGGACUUUGAGCGUCAACUGGAUGCCACCUACAAGGCGGUGUUGCCCUUGUAUAGGCAAAUCCAUGGCUAUGUGAGAUAUCGUCUGCGAGAGCAUUAUGGUCCUGAUGUUGUGCCAGCCGAGGGAAAUAUACCAAUGCAUCUGUUGGGCAACAUGUGGGCACAGUCGUGGGAGGGUGUGAUCGACUUGUUCACACCGUUUCCGGAGAAACCCUUUGUCAACGUCAAGUCGGAGAUGGAGCGACAACAGUACAGUGUACGAAAGCUCUUCGAGUUGGGGGAUCAGUUCUUCCAAUCGCUAGGAAUGAGAGCUUUGCCACCAAGCUUCUGGAAUCUGAGUGUGCUCACUCGACCCGAUGAUCGCGAGGUUGUUUGCCAUGCCUCGGCAUGGGACUUUUACCAGGACAGCGAUGUGCGCAUCAAGAUGUGCACUGAGGUGGACACUCACUAUUUGUACGUAGUCCAUCAUGAGCUGGGACACAUUCAAUACUAUCUGCAGUACGAGCAGCAACCGGCCGUUUAUCGUGGUGCACCCAAUCCGGGAUUCCACGAGGCUGUCGGCGAUGUUAUUGCACUGUCCGUCAUGUCCGCCAAGCAUCUGAAGAGCAUUGGCCUCGUCAGCAAUGGCCGCCUGGAUGAGAAGAGUCGUAUCAAUGAGUUGUUCAAGCAGGCACUGACCAAGAUUACAUUCCUGCCCUUUGGCUAUACGAUGGACAAGUAUCGUUAUGCUGUCUUCCGCAACGAGCUCGAUGAAUCCCAAUGGAAUUGCGGCUUCUGGCAAAUGCGAUCCGAAUUUGGUGGCGUUGAGCCGCCGUUUGCCCGUAACGAGAGCAACUUUGAUCCACCAGCUAAAUAUCAUGUGGCUGCCGACGUGGAAUACUUGCGUUACUAUGCCGCACACAUCUUCCAGUUUCAGUUCCACAAGGCAUUGUGCCUCCAAGCAGAUCAGUAUGUUCCCGGCGACAGUCGUCAGACGCUAGACAAUUGCGAUAUAUUCGGCAGCAAAAAAGCAGGACAGGCAUUCAAGAAUUUCUUGUCGGCGGGCAAUUCAAGAGAUUGGAAGGAGGUGUUGGAGGAAUUUACGGGCGAAACUGAAAUGGAUCCUGCAGCACUUCUUGAAUAUUUCGAUCCACUUUAUCAAUGGCUCAAGCAGGAAAACAGUCGACUUGGCGUACCUCUGGGCUGGGGCGAUACAAAUAAAAUCUCCUCAAACUGCUGUGGACCAUUUAGUACUUAACUCGAAGAAAAUGCAUUUCUUUUCGAUUCAACCAAAAAUAGAAUAUUUUCUACGCUUAGUUUCAGUGGACUAUAAUAAAUCAAUUUGACAAGCCCUGUACACGAUUUUUACACAUUAUUAUGUAGACUCGGCUUAAAAGGGCAGAAGAUUUAAUACAUCCACAUCGAGUCUAAUGUAGUGAACUUUAAAAACUAUACACCUGACACACUUUAGUUUUAUAAUCAUACGAAUCUAAUAAAAAGCAAUAUUGUAUAUUAAAAAAAAA